AUGUCCGCCACCGGGAUUGAGAACCUCGAGGGUGCUGAAUCGACGCACAACACCAAGGUGUCCGAUUCCGCCUACUCCAACAGUUGCAGCAACAGCCAGUCGCAGAGAAGUGGAAGUUCGAAGUCACGCCACAGCGGCAGCAACUCGUCCGGCAGCAGCGGUUAUGGCGGAAAAGCGUCAACCCAAGCCAGCAGUAUCGCGCCCCAUCCACAACCGGCCAUCAAGCGCGCCAAGGAAAAGGACCGCAAGAAGAAAAAACAAAAGACGUCCACGGAAUGUAUCGUGCCUGUGUCGAACAGUUCGACCAUCGGUGGGACUGUCGCAUCCGGAACCGGCACCGGAGUGUCCACGGGCGCGAACGCAAGUGGUCUCACCGCAAAUGCCGGCCAGCAGACGACUCUUGCGGGAGGAGAUCUAGGUGCGGGAGAGUCGGGUUCGGGAACCGCGACUGGAACCAGUACAACCAUCGGGUCUGGGGACAAUGGAACUGGAGGUGUCGGUGCGACUACGGCUAGUCAUGGAGGUGAACCACUUAGCCAUCAUGGGGUGAACACCGGUCAGGACGGAGCACACGGAGCCGAUCUAGUAGGUGCUGGAUCAUCCACAGACGCCUCCGUUACGGUGCAGCUCAUGAACGAAGAUAUCGCCGAUGAAGAUCACAAGCAUAUGGCGCAGGAACGCCUUCACCGGUCAGAUGGCACAACGAACGACGAUAGACAGAAGAAACUGAUCGCCCGAAGCCUGCUUCCCGGACCGGCCCCACUUCCAGCUGGAGUGGCCUCAAUCGUCAACUCCAUCGCGACAGGAAGUGGCCACAAAUCGGGCGAACUGGGAAUGUCGGAUGCUGGUGCACACACCGGUCUCGCGUCCACCGGAGGAUCGCUCCUGGGAGUGGUUCUUAACGAGCAGCAAGGAUCCAAACAAGGCUCAGCGAAGACACCACAGCAUCAUCAUACCUCGCAGCAACAUCACCAACAACAGCAGCAACACCAGAAGCAACUGCAUUCGGCAGUGCUGGUACAAGAGACGGUUCUGCAAGAUCAACAACACCAUCAGCAUGGUACACACGCACAGCAGCAGCAACAUCAACAGCACCAGGAACAACGCGGUGGUUGUCAGCAACAACAGCCCCAACAGCAGCAACAGCAGUCGAACACUCCACGGACGAACAAACCGGACGUCGAGGAUGGGUUUUGUUGCGUCAUUUCCAUGCACGAUGGCGUUGUCCUUUUUACAACACCCAGCAUCACCCACAGCUUGGGCUUCCCGAAGGACAUGUGGUUAGGGCGAUCCUUUAUCGACUUCGUGCACCCGAAGGAUCGUGCGACGUUUGCGAGCCAGAUCACCUCGAAGGUGGUCGUACCACUUGGCGAGUCGAAAAGUGGUCAAAAGGACCAAAAGAACUCGCUGUACGUGAUGCUGCGGAAGUACCGCGGGCUUAAGACGGCAGGUUUCGGCGUCACCAAAACGACGGUGAACUACGAACCGUACCGGUUGGUGCUGACAUUCCGCGAAGCACCGGCAGAGAACGCAGAGAUCAUGAGCGGUCGCAGCAUCCUGCUGAUCAUCUCCGCAACCCCGGUCAAGAGCGUGUACAAGGAACCGAACGAGUCGCUGUGCGAGCGCGAGCUGAAGUUCAACACGCGCCACACGACGUCGGGUGUGUUGAGUUACGUGGACGGAAACUCGGUCGAAUCGAUCGGCUACCUUCCGCAGGACAUCCUUGGCCGAUCGAUCAUGGAGCUGUACCAUCCGGAUGACAUGCCGAUCUUGCGCAAGGCGUACGAGACGGUGAUGGUGAAAGGCCAAACGGCGGGUGCGUCGUUUGUCAGCCAACCGUACCGGUUCCUCGUGAAUAACGGGUGCUAUAUCGUGCUCAGCACUGAGUGGACGAGUUUCGUUAACCCAUGGUCACGCGAGCUGGAAUUUGUGAUCGGAAAUCAUCGCAUCCUGCAGGGCCCGUCCACGGCGGACGUGUUCGUGUCACCGUUUUACUGCCAAACGCAGAACCAAUUUACCGACGAUGCGCUCAAGGAGGCGAAGAUCAUCGAGGAGCAGAUCCUGCGGUUGUUGAAGGAACCGGUCGCGAAGCCCUCCGACAUGGUGAAGCAGGAGGUGUCAAAACGCUGCAAAGCACUCGCCUCGUUCAUGGAGGAGCUGAUGGACGAGGUGACACAACCGGAGCUUAAACUGAACCUGCUGAACGAGUCGGAUUUUACGUUCUCCGAGCGCGAUUCGGUGAUGCUAGGCGAGAUCUCGCCCCACCACGAGUACUUCGAUAGUAAGAGUUCGUCGGAGACACCACCCAGUUACAAUCAGCUGAACUACAACGAGAACCUGCAGCGGUUCUUCGACAGCCGGCCGGCGAUGAACAUCGAGGAGCAGAUGAAGAUGGACUCGUCCGGUGGCACCAACACGGAGACGAUCGGUGACGAAGCGACGCACGUGAUCAGUCCGAACCAGCGCGAGUUCAGCGCCAGUGGUGGCGGUGGCAGCGGUGGUUCGGCGGGAAAUUUUAGUUCCGAGAGCAACGCGCAGAUGGACAGCACCACCAACACGACCAGCAACACGGGCGGGACGGGUGGGACGGGCACGUCCGGAUCGGGUGGUGGUGGUGGCUUCCAACCACCGACUCUCACGGAGGAGCUACUGUGCAAGCACAACGAGGACAUGCAAAAGGUGAUGUUGAAGAAGCACCGGGAGGCGCGAAUGGUGGCGCGAGGAACCGACAAGAACAAGAAGGGUCCACCGGACAAAGGUGUGUACGGAGGGGGUGCGGUCGGGCAUGGUGUGAAGCGCGGUUCGUCCCACUCCUGGGAAGGUGACGCACACAAGACCAUCAAGCACCAGCACAACCCAGAUCCGGCCAACGCUGGUGGAGGUCCUAGUGCUCAGCAGCAGAAGAUGGGUCCGGUGGCGCCGCAUGCGUUGCAACAGCAACUCCUGAUUCAGCAGCAACACCAGCAGCAACAACAGCAGCAACAACAACAGCAACAGCAGCAACAACAACAGCACCAUCUCCAGCAGCAGUUCCAACAGUCCCAGCAUCCGCAGACAAGCAUGCAUCAGCACUACAAAACGCAGCUUGCUCAACAACAGCAACAGCAACAGCAGCAGCAACCGCAACAACAGCAGCAACAUCACCUUGCAAUUCCAGCUCACGGAUCGAUGAUGCAUCAACAGUCAGUGCAGCACUCGACCGGAGGCUUGUUGCAACCCUUCCAGCAGCAACAGCAGCAGCAUCAACAACAGCAACAACCCGAUCAGCAGACGUCACUGCACUCGCACCACCAUCAGUACCAAAGCCAGUAUCCCAGUAACGGUGUAGGAGGGCACUCUUACUCGCUGGAAAACUCCGCCCUGCUAAACCAGCGAACGUCCUUCAACACGACCUUCACGACACCCUCGGUUCUAGCCCCGCAGAUGACGUACGGAACGCACGGUGGAAGCAUGGCAGCUCGUACCGGUGACCUCUGGCCACCGUUUAGCGUAAGCGUCACGACAAUGCAAGCCACAGCCGGGGCCGGAUCAGGUGCCACCAGUUUCGUGCCCUCGCAUAGCAUCUUCCCCACGCUCUACUACAUUCCGGCGGCGGCAGCAGCGGCAGCGGCCGCCACUACAGCCCCCCAACCGGCCCCAGUGGCCGCUUUGGAGGCGUUACCCCGGCUAAAUCCGAUCACCGUACCGUACAUGGCGGCUGGGGUCAUGUAUCCUCAUCCACAGCUCUACCAGCAGUCACUUCUAUACCCACCCAUGAUGUACCACGCGAUGCCUUACCAGCCUCUGCCUCCACCGUGCGGUCUCGAGAGUGACACUCGAAAUCAUCAACAGCAGCGCCACCAGCAACGGCAGCAACAAUCGCAACAGCGGCAGCAACCUCAAACGGGACAGCAACCUGGCGGUCCGGGACAAUCGCAAACCAGUGGCGGUCCACUCGGACCCGGACAACAACCGGGUGGUGUACAAGCUUCAGCUCAAUCGUCCGACGUGCCAUGCGCCAGCACUAACACCGGCCCGAAUGGUGGCAAGCAUCCGGCCCACAUUACGGUUCCACCGUCGGCUGGCAGCGGAUCGCAAUCGCAGACUCCCUUCCAGCGACCGUCCUCACAGGCUACCUCCGUCAAAGCAGAACCGGGUUCGGCACUAGGCAGCAUUGCAUCGGCCUCGAUCGUCGUUAACAGGGCAUUCUCGGAAUCGUCCAAGAAGGAUCUCACCGAUUCGCCGCUCAUCUCGAACGUUGACUGCACCGAUUGUGCCCUCGACGAGGUGAUGGACAAGCACGGCAGUACGGGACGAGUGGGUGGCGGAAGUCGGGGUGUUGGCGGUGGUGUACGAGGAUCCGGUUCCGGUCAGCUAGAGAAGCUUCCGGGCGGUGGACCUGGCAUUGGUGCCACUGGUAGCCCCGGUGGUGGAGUCGGAUUGUGCGAAGUUAGCGAUGACAUGGACGAGUCGAGCUUUUCCAGCUUCUACUCGAGCUUCCUUAAGACGGAUAACUCCUCCGAAGGACACAACGGUGCGGAGAAGAAGGAAUCGAGCGAGAUGUGCUGGGAAAGUGGCUCAAACAACGCGCCAUCGAACAACCGCAUGCGCCGGGACGGUAGCGGUGUUGAUUCCGCUGGUUUGGUUCCACGUGACGGGAAAGACGACGGUGGCACAGGAGAGACCGGCUCGAUGGUGCGUCCUGGUAGCGAUGGAGGAUGUCGUGCCAAACGGCGACCGAACCCGCCAUGGUUGGACAACGUGUGCCAAACGAAGGAUCUCAUCUAUCGGUAUCAGAUCAACGAGCGCUCGCUGAAGGAGCUGCUUGAUUCGGACAAUUUAGCCCUGAAGAAGAUCAAUCAACCAAUACUGGUGAACGAUCAGCUGGGACAGCUGUACCUCGAUCUCGAGCUGGAAGGUCUGUCGGCGAAGCUGUCCCUCAGCGAGGCAACGUCGGGCAGCAGUAGUGACGACUGCGAUACGAAGGAUAAAGCCAAAGUGAACAAGCGCAACAUGAAGUACAGCAAACUCGUGAUGAUCUACGAGGAAAAUGCACCCUUUCCACCGCCGAACGAGUCCGAGCCCUAGAAGCAGACGGCCAUUCAGAAGGCCAUUGAGCUCAGUAUUCUAGCUCACGGUCAUACACACAAAACACUUUCAUUACGGGACGCAGCAGCAGUACGGGUGGGAAAUGCUAGCGGCGUGUUGUUACGCUCGCAGAGAAAGGCCCUUUUUUAUAGAUUUGUUUAAGCGAAAUU